AUUUGGAAAUUUUCGGGGAAAAUUCGAAAUUUCCCCAAUUUCUCCCAAAUUACUUGCAAUGUUGCACUCCAAACAUGAAAUCGAGCAUGUAUGAGAGCUGAUCUACUGAUUUGUUAAGUCCUUGUCAAUUUUCAGAAAAUAAAAAUAAUUUUUAAUUAAAAAUUAAUAAAAAGUUAUUAAAAUAUUUUUUAAUUUCUCUUCAACUUGUCAAUUGAGACUAAUUUCGAUGUAUUUAAGAGUGUUUGAUGAAAUGAUCAUCACAUACACUCUAAAUGUUAUGCAUUCAAUUUGAAUACAGUUGCAUUAGUUCAGUCAGACAACGCAUAGCUUAAGACCCUAUACAAACGAAACCUAUUAGGUGCACUUUUUUCUUGAGAUGUUAUCAUUUAAAAGUGUGUAUUAAAGUUUUUUUCAAACAAUCCCUGAAGUUUCAUUGAAAAAAAUCAACCAUUUUCCCCAUGUUUCCCCAUGUUUCCCAAAAAGUGCGAUAAAUAACCCGAUACAAAUGAUUUAUCCCAUGCGAUAACCGAUACGUAUCUGUAUCCUAAGGAUGCGAUACGUAACGCGAAAUCGAUAUUUCAAACAUUGAUUGUAACUAAGUACAUGUAACAUUUUGAAAUUAGGGUAUGUAAGUUGUCCUAUUGCAAUCUUUCACAACUGCAUCGACUGCAACAAAUUGGUAGCUAAGCAGUUGUUAUUCCUGUUUUUGUGAAUAUUUUCUGUUGUAACAUUUUCUUCAUGCAUCAUCUCAAAACAUGCGACCAAGAAACCACAACCGUGGCCACAGGCAAAACUCUCUGGUUGCCUUAAACAUGCGGACAAAAUUAUAAAGUCUUUGGCAAGAGAAGCAUGAUCUUUGGCAAAUGAUGGAAGAACUUAUGUGGAAAGUAACAACAUCUCCAUUUCAAGGCCCAAGAAGUGAUGAGGGUGAUUUGGAGAGAGCUAGUGGAGUCGAUCAUGAUUCAACUUCCGCCACAACUCCAACGGGACAAAAAGGCAACUUAUCGGAUGGAACACCUAGCCCAAGCUAUUGAAGGAUCAGAUCACACCAUCCAAGUCAAUGCUCUGGAUCCUAGAGGUUUAAUGACCGUGACUAGCAGCUAACAGCUUUUUCAUUUGAUGCGAUGCUUAUGACUUCCUCCUCACAAAUGGAUAUGCAGGUAUUGAUGUUCUCAGCCUGUUGUUAUUAAAUGUCCAGCUCCGCAAUAAUGGCAACUGGACACCUGAAUGGACAUCAGAAGCAACCACUUUGCUCUUUUGGGAUUAUAUCUGAUGUCCAGUAUGCUGAUAUUCCUGACGGUCGUUCAUUCCUCGGCGUUCCACGGUAUUACCGGCACAGCAUUCAGGUUCUGCAGCGGGCCGUCAAAAACUGGAACAACCACCAGAGUCUCCAAUUUUGUAUCAACUUCGGGGACAUUGUUGAUGGGUUUUGUCCCAAAGAUGAGUCUCUAACAACUGUACAGAAAGUCAUUAAGGAAUUUGAGAAGUUCAAUGGGCCCGUGUAUCACAUGCUUGGGAACCAUUGCCUCUAUAACCUGCCCCGCAAGAGUUUGAUUGAACUGUUCAAGAUCCCUUCACUCCAAGACCAUGCGUACUAUGACUUCACCCCGACUCCAGAGUAUAGAUUCGUGGUUCUAGAUGGAUAUGACAUCAGUGCCAUUGGUUGGCCACAGGAUCAUUUGAAAACACUGGAGGCUAUGAAGCUUCUGCAGGUAAAGAAUCCAAACACUGAGAAGAACAGUCCAGCAGGAAUGGUGGGCCAUGAAAGAAGGUUCCUCAUGUUCAAUGGGGCUGUUGGAAAGGAACAGCUGGAAUGGCUUGAUGGUGUCUUACAAGAUUCGACCACGUGUGGUCAAAAGGUGGUUGUCUGUUGCCAUAUUCCCCUAGAUCCUGGUGCAUCAUCCUCGGAAGCACUUUUAUGGAAUUACGAUGAGGUAAUGGAUGUAAUACACAGAUACAAGUGUGUGAAGGCUUGCAUAGCUGGCCAUGAUCACAAAGGCGGUUACUCAGUUGAUUCUCAUGGGGUUCAUCAUCGAGUUCUUGAAGCUGCUCUCGAGUGUCCCCCAGGAACAGAUGCAUACGGUCAUAUAGAUGUCUACCCAGACAGUUUAUCACUCUCAGGAACUGACCGAAUGGCUAAUACUGAAAUGGUCUUCAGUUCUUAGCAUUGGCCAUUCAUCACUGCUUCUAUGUUCUUAUUCCAGAGACAGUGAUUGAAGCGUAUAUCCAUUUAUACCAAAAUUCAUCUGAUUUUAAACCAUGUAUACGAGAAAUACUCUCAAAUUUGCAUGAUCGAGUUGGGUGUCAGCUUGUAAGCAGGUCGUUCUCUAUUGCUUCCUUGCUUGCAGUUCAUAUUGUCACCUGUUGAUUUACAUCUUAAAUCAAACAGAAUCAUUUGAUCCAUCA